AUGGAAAAUAUUUUUUCCAGUUCGCCAUGCUCAGACAGAUACCACAUAUUCCUGGCACCAGGGGUCCUGACAUCUGGAGGCAUGAGCAGGACUUGUGUAUCACGGUUCUACCUAGAAGGGCCAGCGAGGAUGACCCUUACCCUAGUCGCUGAAGAUGGUCAAAUCACCAGCGCUACAAGAGACCUGUCGCCUGGCGACGGCGGCUGUUUGGAUAUAUCUGUUCCUCAAAUACCGAACACCAUGGCAGAGCUAAAUGUUAAUAUAAGGUAUCCCGAAGCUCAAUGUACUUGGGAGCGUCGUAUAUCCUUACGGAUAGCGAGCGGCAGGGUAGCGGUAGUGCACACGGAAAGAACAAGGUAUCGCCCAGGAGAUACAGUCAAGAUAAGGACUAUCAUUCUUAAGGCUGACUUGACUCCAGUCCAUUCUAACAUCGACGAAAUCUGGCUCGAAGGACCAAGAGGCGCGUGGGAUGGCGUCAAAAUAGCGCAAUGGACUCGCGUUCGUACAAGACUUGGUCUAGCGCAAGUGCAACAUAUACUGGACGAGCAGGCUCCACCGGGGAAGUGGACGGUCAGGGCUCGCCUUGCGGAUGGGGCUGAGAGAUCCACAGCAUUUUGGGUGGGCAACUAUGAACUCCCACCGUUUCAACUGACAGUUCGACAUGCUCCGAGAAUCUUGAGAACUAGUGAGAGACUCGUCUGGACUGUUUGCGUCAGAUACCCAUGGUCAGAAGCAGUAGAAGGUAUGCUGGUAAUCCGUCUCCGGGGAGCAGGAGGGUCUCGAGAAUACUCAGGCGGGAUUCGAACCGCAGUCCGGUUGAAGGCACCCCGAGCGUGCCAUAGACACGCGGCGGCGUCCAAGCGGAUAGGAUUGGAUGGGGAUAGCUCUCCUGAUGUUGUUAUUGCUGAUUUCUCUUUUCUGGAAGAAGGAACCAGGGUGUGGCAGAACACGACAGUAGUGUCACACGUUGUGGACGACCCCGUCACACUGGAGUUCCUCACCAAGCGCAGAGCAGUAAUAUCACCAGGAUUACCUUACAAGAUAAAAGUAAAAGCCACACGAUGGGAUGAUAAGCCAGCAACAGACGAGAGAGUACGCAUGUGUCGCUCUCCUGCUCAGCUUCCUGGAGAUCAGUUCCAUGCCCUGAACUCCUCGUGUGUGGAGGCCAUCACCGAUGCCAAGGGAAUCGCCAGGGUCAUGUUCACCACGGAUGAUGAUGGUACACCCUACUAUAACUUUCAGGCCACUCUGCACAACGUGUCAACCUAUCUUGAAGCCUGGUGCGUGCGCAGCCGUGGGGUCGCGGCGCUCGGAUCGCUGCGGGCAGACGCGCGCGUUCGGACCUUACUGCCGCUGUACCUCGCCCUGCCCGCCGUCACCGCGCCGCUCACUGUACACUUCGUGGUCAUCACCCGUGGAGGAAACAUAUACCGCUGGGGUGCCACCACCCAAUGCCCUAUGACCAGCACAACAGAUCAGAUACUAACAUCAGCUAGAAACAGCGUUUGUCCGAACACGAACUUGGUCAAUAACAGAAUAUUCGAGAAAAAUCUGGACGCUAGGAACUCGACAGAGCUGGAUUCCCUCAUGGACAGGCACUUGUCCAAAGUCAUGUUGCCAAUAAAGGUUUCCCAUCAAAUGUGCCCAGACAGUCACGUUGUAGCGUAUUUCUAUUACAACAAUGAGUUGAUCAGCACCAGUAAACAUUUUGAAUUGGAGGAAUGUUUUGCCAAUAAGGUGGAAGCCACAUGGGCAACCCGCCAGACUGCCCCCGGAUCUCUCGCCACCCUCCAACUAACUGCGCCCGGACCCGGACUCUGUGCCCUAUCGGUGCUGGACACAGUCUCCAAGUGGGCGCAUCCUGGAGAUAGCGUCAAAGACCUCAUCAUGUCAGGGCUGGUGAAGCUGAUGGGGGGGCAUAGAAACUUGACAGAGCAUGAUGCGGCUGGAGACUGCUUUUUGACAUCAGACGCCCCAAACAUACCCUCAUCGAGCAUCGAACUCAUGUCCUCAUGGCUUGCCUCCGCUGGUAUCAGACUGGUCGGUGAUUACACCGUCAGACACUGCUCAUCACCAUCACCAGCGAGGCUAGUCUCUGAUGAUGUACCGGUGCCCAGGAGUGAUUUCUCUGAGUCAUGGCUGUGGCGUCUCGUGGGUCUGGGAGUAAAUGGCUCAGUGGCCGUCACCGCCCGCGCUCCAGACUCCAUCACCAGGUUCGAAGCCACCGCUGUGUGUCUUGCAAAGACUGGAAUUUCAGUGUCUCAACCCGCUGUUUUACAGGUGUUCCGUGAGUUCUUCAUCCACGCCAGCGGUCCUCAGAGGUUGAGACGCGGCGACACCGUCAUCGUAACUUACCGGAUCUUCAAUUACCUCUACAAGCCUCUUAAUGUGGAGGUGCAGGUGAGCGCGGACGCGCAGCUGGCGGCGCGCGAGGGCCGCGAGACCCGCGCGGUGGGCGCGCGCGCCUCCGCCGCCGGCCGCGUGGCGCUCACCGCGCUGCGCACCGGCAGCGCGCGUCUGCGCCUGCGGGCGCGCUCGUCCGGGUCACGCGACACCCCCGUCAGCGACGGGGGGGUCAGUGAUUCGGUGUCGAUCCGCCUGGAAGUGGAGGCAGAGGGGGUGCCGCAGACGCAACACCGCUCUGCGCUACUGUGUGGUAACGACAGUCCAAAUUUCACAAGUGUGAGCGAGGUGUCGUGGGCGUGGGCGCCAGUGAAGGCCGUCGCCGGAACUGAAUCUCUGACCGUUUGGGCCACUGGAGACAUGUUUGGACCAUUAUUUGCUGACUCAGACGGUCUAGUGCAGCUACCUCGUGGCUGUGGCGAGCAGAACAUGGCGCGCCUCGCCACCAACCUGCUGGCGCUGAAGGUGUCCCCUGCAGACCAGAGGACCCUCAGUGCCAAGGACCAUGUCGCUAGAGGUCUCACCCGUCAACUGCAGUACGCUCACGCGACGGGUGGGUUCAGCGCCUUUGGUCCUCGUGACCCGGAACCCUCCGCCUGGCUCACUGCCUUCUGUCUACGAUACCUUAAAAGGGCCUAUGAGGUAGUGUCGGGCCAGUCGCCUCUACCGGCUGUAGUGUCCCGAUCGGAGCGCUGGCUCGCUAGUCGCCAGCUGGAGAACGGCUGCUUCAGACCUGAUGGACACGUGUUCCAUCGGGAACUCCAGGGCGGCUUGAACGAAGACGGCGAAAUAUCAAACGUGGCGCUCACUGCUUACAUCAUUGCCUCGUUACUCGAAAGUACCUCCCCCCUCCCCGCUAACCUCAUAAGGAACUCCCUCUCCUGCCUCCGAGCUCUACCCCCUCUAAAAUCCACACCCAACACCCCCCGGAUCUACGCCCAAGCUAUAAUAACGUACACGUUCAUGAAACUGAGGAGAUACGAGGAAUCGAGGAGGGCUGAGGGGGAUUCAAGGAGUGAGCCAAUAUUGAGGGGGGAGGAAGAGUUACAGAUUCUGGUAGAUUUUCUGCAGAUGGCGAAAAGAAGUGAAGAGUACGUUUGGUGGGAGACUGACUCUCUCGCCACCUCAGUGGAAGCGACGGGCUACGCUCUAUUAGCGUUAGCGGAGUGCCCGCCAUCCCUCCGUGAACAUUGUGCUCGAGACGUGGCGGGUGCCGCGCGUUGGCUGGCCACUCAGAGGAACUCGGCUGGCGGGUUUAUUUCUACUCAGGACACCCUAGUGGCCCUCGAAGGUCUGUUCCGGUGGAUGUCAGCCCUCCCCCCUGCCUCCACCGUGUCGGUCAACAUCUUCAAUUCAUCAUCAUCUCCAGCGCUGGAGACACUACAGCUCACCGCUGACUCUACUGUGCCAAAAAUUGUCAAACUACCCGCGAGUCCGAACACCAAUAUCGUCGUUAAAGGUGCUGGGUGCGCUCUGGUGCAAGCGACGCGCUCGUACAAUUCUCUGGAGGAGAGCGGCGCGGCGCAGAGGGCGCUGCGGGUGCGCGUGCGCACGGAGGGGGCCUUCGACUGUGUGGCGGCCGCCUGCGCCUGCGCCGCCGUGCUGGAGGUGAGUGUGAGUGUGUGUGUGCGAGUGUGUGUGCGCGUGCGCACGGAGGGGGCCUUCGACUGUGUGGCGGCCGCCUGCGCCUGCGCCGCCGUGCUGGAGGUGAGUGUGAGUGUGUGUGUGCGAGUGUGUGUGCGCGUGCGCACGGAGGGGGCCUUCGACUGUGUGGCGGCCGCCUGCGCCUGCGCCGCCGUGCUGGAGGUGAGUGUGAGUGUGUGUGUGCGAGUGUGUGUGCGCGUGCGCACGGAGGGGGCCUUCGACUGUGUGGCGGCCGCCUGCGCCUGCGCCGCCGUGCUGGAGGUGAGUGUGUGUGUGUGUGUGCGAGUGUGUGUGCGCGUGCGCACGGAGGGGGCCUUCGACUGUGUGGCGGCCGCCUGCGCCUGCGCCGCCGUGCUGGAGGUGAGUGUGAGUGUGUGUGUGCGAGUGUGUGUGCGCGUGCGCACGGAGGGGGCCUUCGACUGUGUGGCGGCCGCCUGCGCCUGCGCCGCCGUGCUGGAGGUGAGUGUGAGUGUGUGUGUGCGCGUGCGCACGGAGGGGGCCUUCGACUGUGUGGCGGCCGCCUGCGCCUGCGCCGCCGUGCUGGAGGUGAGUGUGAGUGUGUGUGUGCGAGUGUGUGUGCGCGUGCGCACGGAGGGGGCCUUCGACUGUGUGGCGGCCGCCUGCGCCUGCGCCGCCGUGCUGGAGGUGAGUGUGAGUGUGUGUGUGCGUGUGUGUGUGCGCGUGCGCACGGAGGGGGCCUUCGACUGUGUGGCGGCCGCCUGCGCCUGCGCCGCCGUGCUGGAGGUGAGUGUGAGUGUGUGUGUGCGAGUGUGUGUGCGCGUGCGCACGGAGGGGGCCUUCGACUGUGUGGCGGCCGCCUGCGCCUGCGCCGCCGUGCUGGAGGUGAGUGUGAGUGUGUGUGUGCGAGUGUGUGUGCGCGUGCGCACAGAGGGGGCCUUCGACUGUGUGGCGGCCGCCUGCGCCUGCGCCGCCGUGCUGGAGGUGAGUGUGAGUGUGUGUGUGCGAGUGUGUGUGCGCGUGCGCACGGAGGGGGCCUUCGACUGUGUGGCGGCCGCCUGCGCCUGCGCCGCCGUGCUGGAGGUGAGUGUGAGUGUGUGUGUGCGCGUGCGCACGGAGGGGGCCUUCGACUGUGUGGCGGCCGCCUGCGCCUGCGCCGCCGUGCUGGAGGGGGCCUUCGACUGUGUGGCGGCCGCCUGCGCCUGCGCCGCCGUGCUGGAGGUGAGUGUGAGUGUGUGUGUGCGCGUGCGCACGGAGGGGGCCUUCGACUGUGUGGCGGCCGCCUGCGCCUGCGCCGCCGUGCUGGAGGUGAGUGUGAGUGUGUGUGUGCGCGUGCGCACGGAGGGGGCCUUCGACUGUGUGGCGGCCGCCUGCGCCUGCGCCGCCGUGCUGGAGGUGAGUGUGAGUGUGUGUGUGCGCGUGCGCACGGAGGGGGCCUUCGACUGUGUGGCGGCCGCCUGCGCCUGCGCCGCCGUGCUGGAGGUGAGUGUGAGUGUGUGUGUGCGCGUGCGCACGGAGGGGGCCUUCGACUGUGUGGCGGCCGCCUGCGCCUGCGCCGCCGUGCUGGAGGUGUGUGUGAGUGUGUGUGUGCGCGUGCGCACGGAGGGGGCCUUCGACUGUGUGGCGGCCGCCUGCGCCUGCGCCGCCGUGCUGGAGGUGAGUGUGAGUGUGUGUGUGCGAGUGUGUGUGCGCGUGCGCACGGAGGGGGCCUUCGACUGUGUGGCGGCCGCCUGCGCCUGCGCCGCCGUGCUGGAGGUGAGUGUGAGUGUGUGUGUGCGCGUGCGCACGGAGGGGGCCUUCGACUGUGUGGCGGCCGCCUGCGCCUGCGCCGCCGUGCUGGAGGGGGCCUUCGACUGUGUGGCGGCCGCCUGCGCCUGCGCCGCCGUGCUGGAGGUGAGUGUGAGUGUGUGUGUGCGAGUGUGUGUGCGCGUGCGCACGGAGGGGGCCUUCGACUGUGUGGCGGCCGCCUGCGCCUGCGCCGCCGUGCUGGAGGUGAGUGUGAGUGUGUGUGUGCGAGUGUGUGUGCGCGUGCGCACGGAGGGGGCCUUCGACUGUGUGGCGGCCGCCUGCGCCUGCGCCGCCGUGCUGGAGGUGAGUGUGAGUGUGUGUGUGCGAGUGUGUGUGCGCGUGCGCACAGAGGGGGCCUUCGACUGUGUGGCGGCCGCCUGCGCCUGCGCCGCCGUGCUGGAGGUGAGUGUGAGUGUGUGUGUGCGAGUGUGUGUGCGCGUGCGCACGGAGGGGGCCUUCGACUGUGUGGCGGCCGCCUGCGCCUGCGCCGCCGUGCUGGAGGUGAGUGUGAGUGUGUGUGUGCGAGUGUGUGUGCGCGUGCGCACAGAGGGGGCCUUCGACUGUGUGGCGGCCGCCUGCGCCUGCGCCGCCGUGCUGGAGGUGAGUGUGAGUGUGUGUGUGCGAGUGUGUGUGCGCGUGCGCACGGAGGGGGCCUUCGACUGUGUGGCGGCCGCCUGCGCCUGCGCCGCCGUGCUGGAGGUGAGUGUGAGUGUGUGUGUGCGCGUGCGCACGGAGGGGGCCUUCGACUGUGUGGCGGCCGCCUGCGCCUGCGCCGCCGUGCUGGAGGGGGCCUUCGACUGUGUGGCGGCCGCCUGCGCCUGCGCCGCCGUGCUGGAGGUGAGUGUGAGUGUGUGUGUGCGCGUGCGCACGGAGGGGGCCUUCGACUGUGUGGCGGCCGCCUGCGCCUGCGCCGCCGUGCUGGGGGUGAGUGUGAGUGUGUGUGUGCGCGUGCGCACGGAGGGGGCCUUCGACUGUGUGGCGGCCGCCUGCGCCUGCGCCGCCGUGCUGGAGGUGAGUGUGAGUGUGUGUGUGCGAGUGUGUGUGCGCGUGCGCACGGAGGGGGCCUUCGACUGUGUGGCGGCCGCCUGCGCCUGCGCCGCCGUGCUGGAGGUGAGUGUGAGUGUGUGUGUGCGAGUGUGUGUGCGCGUGCGCACGGAGGGGGCCUUCGACUGUGUGGCGGCCGCCUGCGCCUGCGCCGCCGUGCUGGAGGUGAGUGUGAGUGUGUGUGUGCGCGUGCGCACGGAGGGGGCCUUCGACUGUGUGGCGGCCGCCUGCGCCUGCGCCGCCGUGCUGGAGGUGAGUGUGAGUGUGUGUGUGCGCGUGCGCACGGAGGGGGCCUUCGACUGUGUGGCGGCCGCCUGCGCCUGCGCCGCCGUGCUGGAGGUGAGUGUGAGUGUGUGUGUGCGCGUGCGCACGGAGGGGGCCUUCGACUGUGUGGCGGCCGCCUGCGCCUGCGCCGCCGUGCUGGAGGUGAGUGUGAGUGUGUGUGUGCGCGUGCGCACGGAGGGGGCCUUCGACUGUGUGGCGGCCGCCUGCGCCUGCGCCGCCGUGCUGGAGGGGGCCUUCGACUGUGUGGCGGCCGCCUGCGCCUGCGCCGCCGUGCUGGAGGUGAGUGUGAGUGUGUGUGUGCGCGUGCGCACGGAGGGGGCCUUCGACUGUGUGGCGGCCGCCUGCGCCUGCGCCGCCGUGCUGGAGGGGGCCUUCGACUGUGUGGCGGCCGCCUGCGCCUGCGCCGCCGUGCUGGAGGGGGCCUUCGACUGUGUGGCGGCCGCCUGCGCCUGCGCCGCCGUGCUGGAGGGGGCCUUCGACUGUGUGGCGGCCGCCUGCGCCUGCGCCGCCGUGCUGGAGGGGGCCUUCGACUUUGUGGCGGCCGCCUGCGCCUGCGCCGCCGUGCUGGAGGGGGCCUUCGACUGUGUGGCGGCCGCCUGCGCCUGCGCCGCCGUGCUGGAGGGGGCCUUCGACUGUGUGGCGGCCGCCUGCGCCUGCGCCGCCGUGCUGGAGGGGGCCUUCGACUGUGUGGCGGCCGCCUGCGCCUGCGCCGCCGUGCUGGAGGUGAGUGUGAGUGUGUGUGUGCGCGUGCGCACGGAGGGGGCCUUCGACUGUGUGGCGGCCGCCUGCGCCUGCGCCGCCGUGCUGGAGGUGAGUGUGAGUGUGUGUGUGCGCGUGCGCACGGAGGGGGCCUUCGACUGUGUGGCGGCCGCCUGCGCCUGCGCCGCCGUGCUGGAGGUGAGUGUGAGUGUGUGUGUGCGAGUGUGUGUGCGCGUGCGCACGGAGGGGGCCUUCGACUGUGUGGCGGCCGCCUGCGCCUGCGCCGCCGUGCUGGAGGUGAGUGUGAGUGUGUGUGUGCGCGUGCGCACGGAGGGGGCCUUCGACUGUGUGGCGGCCGCCUGCGCCUGCGCCGCCGUGCUGGAGGUGUGCGCGGUGUGGUGGGACGCUCUCCCUCCCAUGUCGCUAGUAGAAGUGUCGCUACCUAGUGGAUACGCAGCCGACGCACAGCGACUGUAUUCCCAGCUCGAUAACUACUCACUGCUACGUCGGAUAGAGAUGGCCCCCAACAGCGGUAAGGUGACGCUGUAUUUGGGCUCGCGGGACGGUAGCGACACGAUAUCUCGCGUCGGUCGACAGUGCUUCAAUAUACACGUCGUGGGACCUAAAACUAAAACUAAGCCGGCUUAUGCGAAGAUAAUUGACUACUACAGACCUUAUAUUAAAGAUACGCAGGUGUACACAAUACCAGAAGACUGCCCAUCGCAAAUAUCAGAAAGUAAGAACAACUACCACGCGUCAGAUAACCUCUUCAACGAGGCCAGGUCUCUCGCAGACGACGGAGAGAUUGUCAUAUCUUACGAGUAUUCCUUCGAAGACAUACCUGAAGGGAUACCCCUCGACGACCCGAUCUACGAUUACGAUAAUCUAAUCAAAAGAAAUGAUUACAAAAUCAUUAAUGAUGUUAAAACUAAUGAUAAAUUUGAAAAAAUAAUUUCUCAUCAAGAAUAUGCACAAAAUGCUUCUCUGAAUCUGAAUAGUCAAGAUACUAAAACAGAACUUCAAAAACCUGAAAAAGAAAAUACAGUAAAAGCAACUACAGAACUAAAUGACGAAAACGAUCAGAAAACAGCAAAAACAGAAACAAUACAAAAUAUACAAGUAAUAGAUGAACUUAAAAAUGUAACUAAAGAUGUAAACACACAAACAGUAAAAGGUUCAAUGAAACAAGACGUUAGUAGCUCAUUAUCCACAUUCCACGUAAUAGAUACAGAGAAAGAUCUAGAAUUCCCAACAGGUUUGGAAGGACCGAUACCGUCCAUAGCGUUACCGCCGAAAGAUUUCAUUCCGCCUCCCAUCACAGAUCAACAAACAGAAUCGAACUGGCGAUCGUUCCCAGCUGUGUACUACGAUCAAAAACCACGUCAAUCAGUUUACUUCCAACACAGUUAUCACGGACAUUCUAAAUCAAUUGUUACUUAAACUAUUAAGUUUUAAAAUAAUUUAGCAGAUAUCUCCAAAUUGUGAAUUAAAACUUUGUAUACUUAAGAAAAUGACUAAAACGUGGCUGAUAUGUCACUCAAAGCAUUUAUAUUUAACUACCCCUUAGUUAUAUGUAAUUAUUUUUAAUAAAUAAGACUGAAAUAUGAAUUGCAUACCACUGGCUACAUCUAUGGUAGCUCAACCAUUAAUCGAGCUAAUUGUGGUUGCGCUACCAAUUGACCAGAAGUUAAUUGAAUGUUUGUUAUUAGCGUAUAAGAUAAUUUAUUUUUAAAUAAGAUGUAAUGAACAGCGGGACGGGCUGUGAGUAUUUUUAUCAUUAUAUUUGCCAGCGGAAGUUGUAUUGAUAACGAAAUAAGUUCCACGAAAUGUGUAGAGGAAAUUAAAGUUAUUUUAUCUAAAAACA